CAACUCUUUGUCAUCUCAACACAAUUCAUGCCUUGCCCUGGAAACAAUCAACCUAUCGCAUUCUUACCAAUUACACGUAUAUAUAGGCACCCCACCGAUUCCAAUGAUUAGUCCACUUAUUUUUCAGCACAUACCAAAUCAGCAGCUGUGGUACCUGCGUCCUGCAUCCUGCGUCCGGCGCGAACCUCGCCUCGCUUCUCAUCGAAUAACGAUCAGAGAGCAAGGCAUUUCUUAGCAUGCUGAAGACGGGCCGGGGAAGAUCCUAGAAAAGGAAAAGAACCACACCAAUCCAGGUAUUUCCCCGUGGUUCUCCGGAGUCGAACGUUCUUCAUUUCCAGCACCUUGCACGUGGUGGAUCUGCGGCGGCUGAGCGGCGCACGAGCUGCAGGCUUAAUCUAUCUUCAGCGAUUCAGCGCCAUGACAAGUGGCUUGGCUCCAUGCCGAGUGGAGACGGAAUUGUCAACAAUUCAACUGCGAAGGACGUAUGCGAUGAAUUGUGUCGCCCAUCUGACAAUCGUGGAGCAUGGGGCUGGGGUAUAAAGGCUGUGCUGGAGGACGGCAGAAUGUCUCGCUACUUCAAUGAUCUUCAGAGUCCUGUUUUCUUGAGAACAAGGCCAAGAUGAAGCAGAACCUGUUUUGGCUCGUGAGCUUGAGCUCUGCGAGCUAUGCUGUCUCCAUUAGCUCUGACUUUGAUCCGCGGGAGCACGUUGGCGCCAACUCGCCGUGGUUUGCUGGUCCUAAUGUGAACAACAUUUCGCCCGAGGUCCCCGAGGGAUGCUCGGUCGACCAGGCCGUCUAUGUUGUCCGCCAUGGCAGCAGAUACCCCGAUCCCGGUGCUUAUGCGGAGUGGCAAGCUCUGCACGAAGCGAUUCAAUCGGCCGACUUCCGGGCCUCCGGCUCUCUGGAGUUCCUCUCCGACUGGAGUCCUGUGUUGAGCCACCCAGAGGAGCAGAUCGCUCAGGUUUCGAUUACUGGCUACAAGGAAUUGUAUAACCUCGGCACAGACUUGCGAUUCCGGUAUCCAAGUUUCCACGAGGACAACACACCCUUCCUGCUCUGGGCCAACGAGUACCAGCGCACUGUUGACUCCGCAAGACUCUUCGCCCGCGGCUACCUCGGCCCCAAUUCCUCUCUCGCUGAUAUCUACACCAUCAACGCAGAUGCCCCGGGAGCCGCAGGAAACUCCCUGGCUACAUCAGACCAGUGCCCUAACUUCAAGGACGCCAGCGGAGGAGACUAUGCUACGACCUGGGACUCGAUUUACCUCCCGCCCAUCACCAAGCGACUGAACAAACUGAUCCGCGGGAACCUGACACUCACAGAUAGCCAAGUCUCGAUCUUCCCGUACCUUUGUGGUUUCGAGUCUCAAAUCACUGGCAGCGUGAGCCCCUUCUGCGGUAUUUUCACAAAGAAGGAGAUCCAGCAGUAUGAGUAUCGUCAGGAUUUGCGAUACUACUAUGGAACGGGUGCCGGCGCUGGCAAGAACAUGACCGUCAUGUACCCCGUCCUUCAAGGAAUCGUCAACCUCCUGCAAGAAGGACCUGAAGCCACUACGGAAACUAGCACCGGUACUGAGAAGCUGCCUCCUCUCAUAAUGGCCUUUACGCACGACAACCAGAUCAAUGAACUCGCGAAUCUCCUUGGUGUCUUUGAUAACCAGAAGCCUCUUUCCCUAAAGAAAAUUGAUAGCAAAAGAAUCUAUGUCAGCAGCCGCACAUCCCCCAUGCGUGGCACAAUUACCUUCGAGCGCCUAAACUGCGAAUCCCGCAAGGGCAACUCAAUCAAUGUCCGCAUCCUACUCAACGAUGCCGUCUACCCGAUCCCCUCUUGCCGCUCCGGCCCCGGAAGUAGCUGCCCCAUCGACAAGUACGCUAGCUACGUAUCCAAGAAGAAGAGCCAGUACGGCUCGUAUGCGUCGAUUUGUGGCCUCGAUGAGGAGGAACUGACGACAAUUGGCGAGGACGAGUCGGCUACGUUCUUCAAGAAUCUGACAUUGCCGUUUUUGACGGUUGUUAAGCCGUGAUGUGGUGGGCAUGUGUGUGUACACGUGAUGCUCCAUGCAGAUUGUGUUCAUGGCAUGUGAGGAGAUUUCCCUCCAGUCUGGCUUAUGCGUCGUGUAUCGUGAUUUGGAAAUUCUUGGAUUGAGGUGGCUCUAUCUACCUUGAUCCGCAAAUAUUCUGCCUUUACAAUACAUCCCUAAUUUCGCAGAACAACCAAUCUAGAGGCCGACAACUGGUGUAGCGCUAUUCACCACUGGUCUAUGAAUGCCAUGUCCUUAUAUGCUAAAAGGAUCCCUGCUUGUAUUAGGUAUAGCUAGGACGUUUUGUAUGUAGUGAGAUGCAUGAUCUUGAGCGCUAUAGGGCCGCCUUCAUCUGACCAAAGCUCCUGUGAGUCCCAGCAGGCCCAUUUCUCUCGUCCCUAGCAAGGUGCACUGCGUGUGGCUUGAGAUUUGAAGAGAUCUCAAUAAGUACCCGGCCACUGACAAGGCCGGCCGAUCGUGCGACCAGUUUGACUUGCCCAGUCCUCUGCCAUGACUGCACAAGGACGGCUGCCCACCCAUUGAAAGCCGAUUUCUGGUUACCCUGCU